AUGUCCUCUGACUCCCCCAUCGCCCUGCUCCCUGGUGUGGUGGUGGCGAUCAAGCAGGAAAACGUGCUGGCGGACAUGCUCUCCGGUGUCGGGGCGCCUGAGAAGGCAGCCCGGGAAGUCUGCACACCACCUUUCACCAGGAAGCAGGAGGAGGACAACCACCAGGAGCAGGGCCAUCCUUAG